GAAUUUUCCGACCUGAUGAAAUUCCCUUGAGAGGAGAAUGAUUGAAGUUUUCACGUUAAGGUGGUAAUAAAUAGCGUUGUUUGUGUACUUCUUUUAGGCGAUAACUAAACGAGUAAUUCUUCUUUUUCCUUCUCCAGGUGAAGAUUGUCGAAGCAUCAUAUUCAGGAAUCCAAUUCAAAACAUGGCCAUGGAAGAUCGCGUGAUCAGGAAAAUGGAGGUGCCCAACGAAGGGAGCUGCAGGGUAAUGUGUUAUUUGGAGCCUGAUUGUGUGUCUAUCAAUGUUGGACCGGUAGCAAGAGGAAACCAAAAAUGCGAGUUGAACAACGCCACCCAGGAAAACCAUGCUCCUUUUCUUCUUGUGAAUAAACCAGCUUACACAUAUUUUGCAAUCGAGAAUCGCUGCAGCAGCAGCCCAUGUUUAAACGAUGGUACCUGUCAAGCUGGAUUUACAAGUAAAGGUUUUCGUUGUGCCUGUCGGGAUGAAUUCACUGGACAAAACUGCCAAUUUCAAGCCAUGAAGAAAACCUGUGCUGAAAUUUACAAUGAAGGGGAAAAGAGAGAUGGUAUUUACACCCUUAAACCUGACAACCUGACUGCCUUUGAUGUAUUCUGUGACCAAACAACAGCUGGUGGAGGAUGGACAGUGUUCCAGAAGAGACUAAACGGUUCGGUUGAUUUUUACCGCUGCUGGAACGACUACAAGCAUGGCUUUGGUGAUCUGCAUGGUGAAUUUUGGCUCGGACUGGACAAGAUUCACCGCCUGACAUCAAAUAACAACUUCAGGCUGCGCGUGGACUUACACGACUUUGAAGGGAAUAUUCGUCAUGCUGAAUAUAACUUGUUUGGUGUUAUGAACGACAAUGACAAGUACAAACUAAUUCUUGGUUCUUAUUCAGGAAAUGCUGGUGACUCUCUUGGCUGGCAUCGCAAUCGGUCAUUCACAACUAAAGAUCAAGAUAAUGAUAACCAUCAAGGUCACAACUGCGCCAAUAAAUUCAAAGGAGCCUGGUGGUACAACAAGUGUCACGAAUCCAACCUGAACGGCUUGUAUCUUCGAGGCAAUCACACCUCUCAUGGUGAAGGUGUGAACUGGAAACGCUGGAAGGGACAUCAUUACUCCCUUAAGAGAACCGAGAUGAAAAUAAGACCGGUGGAUUUCUAAACUGACAAGCUGUCCACGACAAAGCUGUGGUACAGUACCAUCUUAGAAAAGGAGUGACUCGAUCAAUUACGUUUUACAAGUUUUAUAAGUAUUAUAUGGCAUUUAGAGAACCGAGAUGAAAGUAACACCGGUGGAUUUCUAAACUGACAUGCUGUCCACGACAAAGCUGUGGUACAGUACCAUCCUAGAAAAGGAGUGACUCGAUUACGUUUCACAAGUUUAUAAGUAUUAUGUGGCAUUUAGAGAACCGAGAUGAAAAUAAGACCGGUGGAUUUCUAAACUGACAAGCUGUCCACAGCAAAGCUGGGGUACAGUACCAUCUUAGAAAAGGAGUGACUCGAUCAAUUACGUUUUACAAUUUUUAUAAGUAUUAUGCAGCAUUUAGAGAACCGAGAUGAAAAUAAGACCGGUGGAUUUCUAAACUGACAGGGUGUACUAUUUCCAUUAUAUGAUAGCUGAUUGAGGUAUCUUCAACAAGUGAUACAAAUUGCCCAUGAGAAACCUUUCGUUUGCAUAAUAAAGAUUGGCAAAAAGUCAACAGGAAGGUGUCCGCCUGUCUCGUAUUUUCUAUAGGUUUACAAGCAUAAAGCGAUUUAGCGGCCUUUCUUCUUUCAAGAUCACUUUCAGAGGGGCAAAUAUUUCCGGUUCCUAGUUUCUUAUUUUGAUUCCUUCAACAAAACACAAAACUAUUAAGCAGUCUUUAGUCUUCCAAGAACACCAUCAGAAAAGAAAAUGAUUCAAGUUCCAGUCGAGACCUUUUAGGCUGUAUCAUUUAGACAUUGCUUGCAAAUAUAAGCGUACUUGCUUUUUUAUGGAAA